GGUAUCCUUAGAGAGUAUCAAAAAUGAAAGCUUCAGUCAGAUAUAUGUUCCACAACCCAGAAGAUGUGAAAUGGUUCAAGCCUGUAGAAGUGUGGUCAAAAUGCGGGCGUCGUGGUCGCGUUAAGGAGCCAGUGGGUACUCAUGGGGCGAUGAAGUGCAUAUUCAAUGGAGUGGUUCAGCAACAUGACAUAGUGUGCAUGAACUUAUACAAGCGUGCUUAUCCCAAGUGGCCUGAACUUCUGUACCCGCAGCUCCUUUGAUUCCAAUUUAUCGAAUGAUGCUGAUGAUGUUGAUGUUUAAGUUUCUCUGAAAUCUCAUUCUACUUUGGUUGUGGAGGUGGUUUAGUGUAAGUCCUCCAGUUUUGUCCUGUAUGUGAUAAUAUUAUGCAUAUUUUCUUCCUCAUUUUUCACAAUACAGAUGGGGCUGAAUCGUUAAGAAGAUUAAUUGUUAAGAUAAAAACAAACCGAGUUUACUUAUUUUUG